GUCGGGGUGUGUGGUGGCGGGUGUCGCUGUGUCCCAGGGAAAAGUUCCUCCGCAAAGGAGGAGCAGUAACUCCAGCACGUGUCCCCGUGGCGGGGAGUUCCCUGCCUGCGCCGCCCCGGAGCCAGGGCUUUAAAUGGGAACCGCGUUCCUGCCCCCGCGUCCCUCAGCUUUUCAGACGCUGUAGCGUUUCCUUGGGAUUGGCUGAAGUGUUGUGGUGGUUUUUUUUCCCCCAUCUCUUAACGUCGUAGCUCUUUGCUACAAGAUUUGUCUCAAAUCUUGAGCGAGAACACUGUCUGUCCGUCCCCAGGCGCGAUGACCCAGGCGCUUGCGAAGGAGGUCCCGCAGGAGGAGGGCGAGGGCGGCUCCCGGAGGAGCAGCUGGGGCCUGCUGCUCACGGCCGGUCUGGGAGGGACCUUGGUGGCCCUCUACGCUGUGGCCACCCCCUUCGUGACUCCGGCCCUGAGGAAGGUGUGCCUGCCCUUCGUUCCUGCCACCGCCGCUCAGAUCCAGAAUGUGCUGAGAAUGUUGGAAAACAGAAGUGGCUCCCUAGUUGACAUUGGUAGCGGGGAUGGCCGCAUUGUGAUAGCAGCUGCAAAAAAGGGAUUCCAGGCUGUCGGUUAUGAAUUGAAUCCCUGGCUAGUCUGGUACUCCAGAUAUCGUGCCUGGAGAGAUGGAGUACAUCAGAACACCAAAUUCUAUAUUUCAGACUUAUGGAAGAUGCCUCAGCUGGAGAAGAAGCUGGAAGAAGAACUUGAAUGUAAUGCGAGAAUCAUUGCCUGUCGCUUUCCUUUCCCUUGCUGGAUUCCAGAUCAUACUACUGGAGAGGGAAUAGACACUGUGUGGGCCUAUGAUUUGAAACAUUCUAGAGGAUGUGAAACAAAAAGCUUGGAAGUUACACCAGAGACAGAAUCUUAAACAUUUGGUUUCUUACAGACAUUUUUAGCUUUGACUGGACCUAUUGAAGAUAAGAUUAAUGUGGAGAGAGCCCUGGCAUAUGAAGAUGUGUGUUCACUAUAAGAACUGAAGUACAGUGGUUGUCUGAAAGCACACAAGGUUACUGAAAGGUGUAGCUAAAUGGCUUAAUAUGGUGUCCCAAUUUAACUCCAUCUAGCAGCGGAGUACCACACAGAUGUUCACUCACCAAAGUCUGCAGACUCCCCCAGAAGGAUAGGAAAGAAAACUGAACAAAAGGUCAUACCCAUGACCAUGGAUUGACAUAGGAAUAGUUUAAUAAUUGAAAUAAAUUUACUGAUAGUAACAACAGCAACAAGAAGAGAGGAGUAGAACCCAAGAAAGAUGAGAGAUGCACAAUACCCUUGCUCACCACCCACUGAUGGAUACACACCCCAUCCCAGAGCAGCAACUGGUCCCUCCUUGCCAACUCUUCCCCAGUUUAUAUACUGGACAUGAUGUUCUGUGGUGUGGAAUAGCUCUUUGGCCAGCUCAGCUCAGCUGUCCUGGCCAUGCUUCCUCCUGGCUUCUUGCACACCUUCUUGCUAGCAGAAUGUGAGAAACAAAGAAGUCCUUGGCUUGGAGUAAGCACUGCUCAGCAUCAACUAAAACCAUUAGUGUAUUAUCAGUGUUAGUCUUUUUUAAAUCCAAACCACAGUGCUGUACCAGCUAAUAGGAAGAAAAUCAACUCCCAGAUGAAAGCAGAAUAUGUUGUUAGUCAAAAUUAUGAAAAAAUUUUUAUAGAAGAGGAAAACUUCAGUAUGGAAAAGGGUUUAGAUCAUCAUUCACUACAGUUAAGGGGAAUAUAUAAGUUUAAAUGCUCAAAUUUGUGAACUUAAUAUAUUCAUUCUUUCUGACCUUACAGAGCAUUUGGUAUUGGUGUUGGAAUGAUGUGCAAGUGUCUUCUCAAAUGAGCUGUAUUUCCAAAAUGUCUGAAUUUUGUGUGCCAAGUACAUAGUGCUGCAUUGACAAAACUGGUCCAGAUGGAGUAUGAUGAUGACACCAGUGUUUCACACCACAGCCUUGAAUGUGUACUUUUAAAAGUUGACUAUGACAAAAUGGGCAAAUAUAAUAAGUUGUUUGUUCAUUAACACAAGUGCUGCCUCUGAUUAUAUUAAUGUUUUUUUUAUUUAACUUGUGUUCUGUUUUAGCAUCUGCUGGAAAAUAAACUCCAAGUAAGCCA